AUGACACAUCACAGCUCAAAAGCACACAUGGACGUCGUUCUAGACUUCGCAGCUGAGCUAACCAAUAGUCUCGUUAUCGACCAAAAGAAGCCUCAUCUUGGUCUAGAUGAUAAAAUCUUGGCUCAACUGGAUCGGCAAUUCAAGCACUUUCCUCUGCUGCCAGCGAGUCCCUCGUCUCCGACUCGUCGCGGGUUUGACCAAGAAGGAACAAAGCUAUGGAAUAUUUGCAUGCAACUCAUGACUGUCUAUAGAGACAGAAGUGAAGACCUUCUCCUUGCGUGCAAAGUGAAGGCAUUCGCUUACGCGAUGUUGGACUAUGCCGCACCAUAUCAAGGCCAGGGAAGCAACAGGGCCUUAGAGGCAGCCUUCAGCAUAGCAAUGACGUGCAUAGACAACGACUGUCUCAGUCUAAGCCAGAAAAUCAUCGAAGUCGCAGCUGUGCGGUUAGAUAAACUUGAGAGAUAUGAAAGCGAUGUCGAAAAUUCUAAGCUUCAACAAUAUACCAUCGAGUACUACAUGAUUCGUGCCCACUUGGCCUGGCUGCAGGGAAGACUCGACAUCGCAGAACACUUGUUCUCGAAGAUACCAGUAUCUGAUAAUGGCAGGGGUCAAGAACGUGUCAUGGACAUAUGCUAUAAGAUCGGUAACUGUGCGAUUUCACACAAGCAGUAUGAUGUCUCUAUGAAGUGGCUAGAAAGAGCGUUGAGGGCAUUUCGUGCCGGCCUUCAUCUUGAUCCUGAAGAGCACAGUGGCUUCCUUUCUGAAGCUCUGGAUGCAUUGAAAUUCCGUUACGGUGGCAUGUUCCCUGUCCAGGUCAUCCAACUUGAGAUGCUGGACAAGGAAGGAGCAGAUGAGAUUGUCUUUUCGCAAGGUGACUGA